UCCCAGUGAAUACAGCAGCCUGACAGCCCGGCUUCCCGCUGGGUGGAUCCUGCAACUCCAGGAGGGAAUGGCACUUCUUGUUUUUAAUUAGCAAAGGUGAAAGGUGAAUUAAAACUAGCUGUUUGGCAAGUCAGAGCAAGGGGCUGAGUUCUGAGGAGCACCAAGGAGGAGGGUGCUUCCUCCUUUUUUCCGUGGUUUUUUUUUUUUUUUUCCCCCUCUCCCUCCCUCCUUCUCUGAAUGAAUUGCCUUGCAGGAGGGACUGAAAAUACAGCUUCUUCCUGAAUCCACUGGCAGAGUUACUAAAGACAGCUCAAGACACAACACUGCAGAGUAACGCCUUGGAAUGUCCUUGCACUUUAUAAACAAUUGUCCUAGGGAGGGAAUAUUUUUACAUGACAUUUGCACAGCUUGACGAAUGGCUAGCUGAGGCUGUGUGCUGCUCUUGAUGAACGUUGAAUUUCCCACAGAGACACCCCACAAACUGACCAAAGAGAGAGAGAGAGAUCUAACUGCACUGGCAAAGUGGAAGUUGGAGCCUUAAAAACACCCCAGCAAAACAACAAACAAACAGCAGCAGUUCAGUGAAGAGAGCAAGAAAUUUAUCUUGGGCAGGAUGGCAUCUGCUCAGGACCUUCUAAUGCUGGCGCUGUAUGGCUUGUUGCUGGAGCUACCGGCUGGAUGUCACGCAGCAGAUACGAGGCAGCCGAGGUUACGUCUGUCACAUAAAGAGCUCUGGGAUUUAAACAGGACGUCAGUCUUUCGUAGCCCGUUUGGAUAUCUUGGACUUCACAUAAUGCUGCUGGAUGAGUAUCAAGAGCGACUGUUCGUGGGAGGAAGAGACCUCUUGUAUUCCCUCAGUUUGGAUCGAAUCAGCGACAACUACCGAGAGAUUCAUUGGCCUAGUACACCUCUGCAGGCAGAAGAAUGCAUAAUUAAAGGAAGAGGUGCUGAUGAAUGUGCAAAUUACAUCCGUGUCCUUCACCGAUACAACAGGACCCAUCUUCUGGCUUGUGGAACAGGAGCUUUUGAUCCAGUCUGUACUUUUAUAAGAGCUGGACAUCCAUCAGAGGAUCAUCUGUUUCAACUGGAAUCGCACAAAUUUGAGAGAGGACGAGGCAGGUGCCCUUUUGACCCCAGUUCUUCCUUCACCUCCAUCUUAAUUGGUGGUGAACUUUUUACUGGUCUCUACAGCGACUACUGGGGAAGAGACGCGGCCGUGUUUCGCUCCGUGAACCGCGUGGCCCAUCUUCGCACCGAGCCUGACAAUGAGCGCCUGCUGAAAGAACCAAAAUUCGUUGGCUCAUACAUGAUUCCUGACAAUGAAGACCACGAUGAUAACAAAGUGUAUUUCUUCUUUACUGAGAAAGCUUUGGAAGCUGAGACGAGCACUCAUGCCAUAUAUACCAGAGUGGGACGUGUAUGCGCGAAUGACAUGGGAGGCCAGCGAGUGCUCGUCAAUAAAUGGACCACUUUCCUCAAAACCAGACUGGUUUGUUCUGUGCCUGGGAAAAAUGGAAUUGAUACACAUUUUGAUGAAUUAGAGGAUGUGUUUUUGCUGCAAACUCGUGAUAACAAAAAUCCAGUGAUUUUUGGCCUCUUCAACACAACAAGCAAUAUAUUCAGAGGAUAUGCUAUAUGUGUUUACCACAUGGCAAGUGUCCGAGCAGCUUUCAAUGGACCAUAUGCUCAUAAAGAAGGACCUGAGUACCACUGGUCUCUCUAUGAAAGAAAAGUACCUUACCCUAGACCUGGUUCAUGUGCCAGCAAGGUGAAUGGAGGGCUGUACACCACCACUAAAGACUAUCCUGAUGAAGCUGUGCAUUUUGCCAGGAGUCAUCCACUGAUGUAUCAGCCCAUCAGGCCUGUUCAUAAGAGACCAAUACUAGUUAAAACAGAUGGAAAGUACAAUCUUAAACAAAUAGCAGUGGACAGAGUGGAAGCUGAAGAUGGGCAAUAUGAUGUUUUGUUCAUUGGAACAGAUAAUGGUAUUGUGCUGAAAGUCAUAACAAUUUACAAUCAAGAGACAGAAUCAAUGGAAGAAGUGAUUCUUGAAGAGCUGCAAGUAUUCAAGAUGCCAGUUCCUAUUAUUUCUAUGGAAAUCUCUUCAAAAAGGCAACAGCUGUACGUGGGAUCCGAGGCGCUCAUAGCCCAAGUGAAGUUCCACCAGUGCGACAUGUACGGCACGGCCUGCGCCGACUGCUGCCUGGCUCGGGACCCCUACUGCGCCUGGGACGGCAUCGCCUGCUCCCGCUACUACCCCACGGCAGUGCAGGCCAAGAGACGUUUCCGCAGACAAGACGUUCGGCACGGGAACGCGGCACAGCAGUGCUUUGGCCAGCAGUUCAUUGGUGAAGUUCUGGAGAAGACUGAGGAAAGACUUGUUUAUGGAAUAGAGUACAACAGCACCCUUCUGGAGUGCACCCCUCGGACCUUGCAAGCAAAAGUCAUCUGGCUUGUCCAGCGAGCACAUGAAACUAAGAAGGAAGAGGUGAAGACUGAUGAUAGAAUAAUAAAAAUGGACCUUGGCCUUUUAUUCCUGAAGCUGCAUCGACUGGAUGCAGGGACUUAUUUUUGUCAAACAGUGGAACACAGCAUUGUUCACACUGUCAGGAAAAUCACCCUGGAGAUAGUCGAGGAGGAACGUGUAGAUGAAAUGUUCAAUAAAGACUAUGAGGAGGAGAUCCCUCACAAAAUGCCAUGCCCAAUGCAGAGCAGUAUACCUCAGGCUUCAAAGCCAUGGUAUAAGGAAUUUCUUCAACUGAUUGGCUACAGCAACUUCCAGAGGGUGGAAGAAUACUGUGAAAAAGUGUGGUGUACAGAUAAGAAGAGAAAAAAGCUGAAAAUGUCUCCAUCCAAGUGGAAAUAUGCCAGCCCUCAGGAGAAGAAGGCAAGGAUCAGACCAGAGCAUUACCGGCUGCCCAGGAACAUAGCUGACUCUUGAUGGACAAAAUCCAUCCACUGUUUCUGAGCAAAAUUUUAUUUGGACUUAAGAGGGAGAAAUCAGUCUUGGUUUGAGUAAAUUUCACAGGUUUAUAUAUGUAAAAUAUUGGGACUGAAAACAAAAAUGCUAUGGUAAGUUAUAUUGUACACUCAUGAUGACUGUUUAGAAGCAUUUUAAACAAAAUCUUCCCAGCUAUCUGGUUCUGAGUAAGUAAAUGCAAUCAGAGUUUUGCAUUAGGGAGGACGUGACAAUCUUCAGGUUCUGAGUGCUUGAAUCAGUUUCCUGGGUGGAUCGUGCUUGCGCUGUAUAUUGUUGCACAUGAUGGCAUAUUUAACAAAUUCAAAUAGCUAAACAUUCACAAGUGGAUGAAAAGUAUAAGAGAUAUCUUUUCUUUGUUUCACAAAUUUCUCAUGCUUCUGAAAGCAGCACGUCUUAAGAUCUUAUUUCUUUUGAUUGUGACCUGUCUGAGUUCAUCACUGAGAACAAUGAGUUGUGUUAAUACAAUGUACUGCUACUUCAAAAGAUAAUGAAGGGAAAUCCUAUUUACUUCUCAUCUUUAUUUUUCAGUAUCAGCCAUUUAUGAAGCACAGUGUGCUCCCACAGCUAAAUAAUAUUGCCUAGUAAUUUCAUGUAAGCCACAUGCAUGCUGAGAACACAGACGGAAUGAAAUUCAUCAAUUUAUCUACAUAAGAAGUUGAAAUAAUGGUUUAGAUAGAAAACGAGUCCAUCUUGCGUCUGUGCAUUGCCUUAGUGGAUACGAGUUAAGGGAUCGCCCUCUUGUGGCUAAAGAAAGAGAAACACGAGAUUUAUAUUUUCUGAAGAAAUAUGUAUAAGCAAAGUAUUACCAAGAUCCCCAGCUGGUUUGCUUUCAGCAGACACUUUUAGUCUCCAUGUGCUAAAGCCACAGAUUUAAAAGGCAGUGUUGGAAGUAAUUUAUACUGGGAAAGCAGCGUUUUAAACAAGUGAUGCUUUAUGUUGAUAAUGUUGUGCUUUUGGGGUAAAAUGAAGUCAUAAAAAGUUAGGAUGCAGAUUAAAAACAAAGUCAGCAUUAUGCAGCUGUAUUUCUAUAGUUUCAGGAUCUGGUCCACAUUAACCUUUUUCUGAUGUGUGAUCUCUGUUCGAAAGGGCUGCUUUGCUCCUCUUGUGAGUGACACCAGGAAAGGAGAUCAAAAGAACUAAGUAAUUUACAAUCUAGGUCUUGCAAGACUGACUUAAAAAAAAAAUAUAUAUAUAUGUAUAUAUAUAUAUAUAUAUAUAUGAAAAGCUUGCUUUAAGAAACCAGAUCCAGAAAAUGCCUAAAACCUAACAUUCCAAUGCCUGAGAAAUUUAAUAUUACAACAUGAAUUGGAUUGGAAUUUUUUUUAUUAAAAAAUUAAAAUAAGAAAGGGAAGUUAAACACAAAUUAAGCAUAAAUACAAGCUAAAUGUAAACACAAAUGAGUCAAAAAUUAGUUUAGUCCUAAAAUAAGAACAUGAUGCCAGUAGGGGAAAUAGCCAAGCUGAUCCAAAUUUUUAUGCCAUGAAGAAAAUAUACGAGGGAUUCAUCACCUACAAAGAGUUUCAUGUUAAGCUUCAACUUCUAGCCCUGGAAGAGUGGGGAUUAGCAGCCUGGGUGACAGAGGUUUGUGGUUUGCUGUGUUCCCAAAGGCAGCAAUCAGUGCUAACCCAGAGUUUUCCAAGCAGGCUGUUUGUGAGCAGAGCUCACAGCUGCUGACAGGACCAGUGAGCUUUGCUGUGCUCCUCUGGGAGCAGAGACUGACCCUGUGUUUGGAAGGAGCACAUGGCACACUGUCAACAACCAGAGUGUGAGGAAAACAGGGUUUCACCUGGUGUGGGUAUAACAGGAGUGAAUCUUCAUCAGCCUGUAAGGAGAAUCAGGGCAUCUGAGGGUUUGCACUUGGUUUAGCUAAAAUAUCUCUCUAAGACAUGGGACUGGACACUCUGCAGAUCCUUUCUUGAAUUCAUGCAGUUGCUAGAUUUGGUCUGAGAGAGGAGACUGGAUGAACUCAUGCUUCUGGGACAGUUUAAUGGAACUUGGUUGCAUGUAGGAUUUCCUGUUUGUUCACAGCUGUAUGCAAAGCACCAGCACUGAGAGUUGUAGCAGAGAGCACACACAGAACAAGCAUCCCUGAUCUGAACUUCAUGCCCUGUACAAACCUCAUUGAUACCCUUGGUGAAAAACUUCUAGAACACUACUAAAAUCCUUUUCUGAUGAAUUAUGGAGUCCCCUUCUUUUAAAAAACAAUGGGAGUUAUUUUUUAUUUUUUUAUUCAUUUGCAAGUAUCUAGUGCUAAAUGUAUCAUAAUGAACGAUUAGAAGAGAAUUAUAGCAUCUCAGCCCCAUGGAACAAAUAUAACUUUGUGUCUUAUUCUCUGAUAUUUCAGGUGGAAAUCAUCUUAUAUGGAAAUCAGGAUUCUUGAUUUAAUAUGAGAGUGUAUAUUUUUAGCUAUUCAUCCCUUUAGUGUUUACAUGUGGAGAAUUGCAUUACCUUUUUAUUUGCCUUUUAAAACUUAAAUUUUUAGCUUACACCCUGCUCCUUUCAUGGUUGCAAUGCCUGUGAGAAUUCAGAACUACAAGGUCUUGUUCAAAGAGUGCUCUGACAUCUAUGGAAGAAGAGAAAGAGUGACAGUGUAUUUCGGAAGGAUAUGCACAAAUGUGCAUUUAGCACAACGUUAUUUAAAAUGCUUCUUUGUAUAUUUGGGGGCCAUUGUCUGCUUCUUAUCAUUAUGAGUUUGAUGUAUUUUGUAUGUGCAUGAAGUGGUCAAAUUAUAAAUAUAAUUAAGAACCAUAUUUGGCUGAAAUAAUCUGUAUUAUUUCUUAUAAUUUAUU